AGAUUCACUACAGUGAUGAAGCUGAAGUAUCAUAUGAGAAACCAUACUGGCGAACGUCCCUACGUUUGUUCCGUGUGUGGCAGAGGAUUCACCGUUAAUACAAUAUUACUCAGGCAUAUGAGGGUUCAUUCUGGAGAACGCCCUUAUGUUUGUGUAACUUGCGGGAAGGCGUUCUCGCAAUCGAGUACUCUCAAUACACACAUGAAAGUCCACGCUCCAUCGCCAAAGUAUCCUCAAGAACAAAGGUCGACCAAAUUCCAAGAAAACAGCGACACAAAGUACCACAACCAACAGCACACACAGCAGAGGCCACUACAUAACCCAGAUCACUCGAAUCGACUUGUACAGGCAGGAGACAGCAGGAUGAUUCAAAACGAACCUAUUCAGCGGAUGCUGUCGGAUAAUAACCGCAUGCUCAGCACUGAUGGAUCGAGAUUAGUGGAUAGUUCGCAAAUGUUGGCUGAUAACAGAGUUCUCGAAGAUGCCACAAGGUUGUUGCAAAACGAUAGUACAAGACUGUUGAUCGAUAUUACUGACCCCCCACCACUGAGAUUACUAGUAACUGAUAAUACUACACGGUUACUUUCAAGUGAUGGCAGACAACUCACCCAAGACAAUAGACUGCUAGCCAACGUGAAUUUGAGCGAUAACAGUAGGCUUCUAAGUGACAAUUCUCGCCAUUUGGCCGUUUUAGAUGGAUCUAGAAUAAUAAAUGAUAAGUAUUUGCCAAACUAUGAUGCGUAUCAUCGAGGUCAUUUGUAGUUGACUAAGUAGUAUAUACUAGUACAAAUAGUGUGUGUACGUGUAAGUAAACAGUGUGUCCAUGAUGAGGAGAGCUAGUAUGGGAAAAUCAGAAACCGUAAUAGUUUGUUAAGUUGACCAUCGUUAAAAAAAAAUGUGGGAAUUAUCCAAAGGAAGAAAGGAAGCAAUUAAUCCCAAAAUUCAACUCCAAGUAAAGAUGUGUGUAGAUCAUGCAAAUAAGCAACUUUCAGGCAGAAACUGGAAGAAAAAACCACUUGAAAUACCUACUUUCAUAUACAGGGUGACAAUUUGAAAGCUUACAAUGGCUAUAUCUGAGCAACCGAAUAAAAUAUAAGAAAUCGCUGAAAAGAACUUCCUAAUAGGGAGUGGGAAACGAAAUAUAACAGCUAACUUGUUUUCACUUACCCCACAUCACUUAUGAUGCACUGUUUGGAACCUUUGGUGUACUAAUGAAUGUUACUGGAGUUUUUUCCCAACACCAAAUCGUUAUUUUUAACACCUCGACACGUGUUUCGAUCACCAAGUGAUCACCUUCAAAGAGGAAGAUACAUUGUGUGUAUUGUGUAUAGAUACCAUUAUAGAAAAUACAUUGUGUGUAUUUUCUAUGUUAUCUAGUUUGGUACUGAAGAGCCUUAGGGCAAGUGUUUUAACCCUUUCAGUGUAUUUGUCCCUCCAGAGGGACACUGUCAUAAGUACCUCUGAAGUACACAUCUGUCAUUUUUUGUGGAAAAAAAUAUUUUAUUCAAUUUAACUACGUUGAUUGUCAUGCUUUAAAGAAUAAAAGUCGUAAACAUGAUAUUUUCAUAAUGUUUCCUAGUUUUUUGAAAUGUCCUUCAGCAGGGACAUUAUGUCUUGGAGUAGUGAUAUAAUGUUAACCAAAAUUCCUGAUGGAAAUAUUUAUUCAAAUAAGAACAUUAAAAAACACUAUUUUGAAUGAAAUUUCGUGAAACAAUUUCUUCCCUUCAUCAAACACAAAUGAACUUUACACUUAAUACAAAGCACAUGGGUCUUAUUUUUGCAUCCCUCUAAUUUGCAUCUGGAAUUUUCUUUCCUUUCAUCCACAUUUGGAAAAUGAUUAUAGCCAUCAUACCUCAUUUCUUCAAAUGGCCUUGCCUCAAACUUUUUUUUUACCUGAACUGGCGAAUCUAUGUCACUACUUGGCCGUCCCCUCUUAGGAGGAUUCUUGAACAGUAUCAGAUGCUCUGCAACGCUUUCUCGAAAUGCCAGGAGAUCCAUUAUCUUUCUCUUUUGAAUUCCUAAUGCAGCCGCU